GUGUUUCCUCCCUGACCUUCUUUUUUUAGACCAAUCAGACGUCACCUCCACCAACAGCAUGUCUGCGGUCCAGCAGCGGCCGUCACGGCUCGGUUACCUGGGGACCACAGCCAGCUCCAGGUCCAAAGUGAGCCAGGACCCCCCCGCCUCUAACUCCGCCUUCAACAGCCCUCAGCUGUUGACCACACCCACUGAGGUGCCAUCAGAGGGCGGAGCCAGCAGGUGGAACACCAGUAGCACUGAAGAAACGCCAACGAAUCAAAACCAAACGCUCAUCGCGUCCCCCGCCCCUUUCAUCACUGGCUCGGUCUCUAGGGACGUGGUCGGUCCAGAAUCAAACGAGACUCUUGGUGAUGAUUCGUCCUCCUGUGGCCCACCCACCUCCGCCUCCUGUCCACCUUCAGACAGACCCUGCCCCCCUCUCUCAGGCGAUGAUGAGGCGGUGACGCUGCAGCAGUGUCAGCAGGUCUCCAACGAGCUGCGACAGACGGCGAGACGAGCCGUACGCCUUCACCAGCAGCUCGGUGAGUCGCUCGGCUUUGUGGAGCAGCGGCUCCAGAUGUCAUCUGUCCUGCAGGAGGCGUUUGAAUCCGUAUACUCUGAGCUGCAGGUGGUCCUGCAGGGAGAGGGGCAGGGCAGCAGCACGCCCUCUGGUGGACUGGAGGGUGCAGGGACGAUGUCUCUGCUGGAGAAAUACUCUGAGCUGCUGCUGCAGAUGACGCAGAACAAACUGAACCGGAUCUGAUCACGAUCACGCGUCAAUCGUAUUAUUUUCUAUUUUAUCGUCAGAACUGUAACAUGUUUUGACUUUGGUUUAUAACGUCAAACAUUAAAAGUUUUGGUUUGUUUGUUUUUCUUCUUGAGUCACAACAGGAAGUCUGAGACGGUGUGGAGGCUGAAGGAGGAAGCGUUCGGUCACAUUCUAUAUAUAAAUGUAUAGGUUAGUUAACGAGUAUUAAAUCAAGCAUCUUGUUUGUGUUGUUUUUAAAUCACAUCACUGUUUGUAAAUAAACAAGUUUUACAUGUU